AUGCACGGACUCGCUCACGUUUGUACCCAUUGCUCCAGAAGCUUCAAGCGAGCAGAGCAUCUGAUUCGCCAUACUCGUACACAUACCAGAGAAAAGCCGUACUCGUGUCGAUGCGGACAAGCGUUUACACGCCGUGACCUGCUUACUAGACAUUGGCGCAUCACGCACCAUGCUGGCAACCCUGAUGCAGAGUCGACCACGUCGACUGAAACUGCAACGACAAUAGACGCACCCGCUUUGAACGUCCCCAGCGCUGGGGCCGUCGAAGCGCAUCUCGUCCCGCAGGUCCACGCAAGCCAGCUUGAUUUGCAACAUCCUCCGCCCACCUACCAAGAACUCCAGCCGGCGCCGCCAUAUCGCGACGAAGGGUUUGAAGAUUUCCGUGACUUUGUAAACUUCAUCGAUGGUGUUGGACUAUCCGCCCAAUGGACGCCUGAGUACGACUUUGACUGGAUGCGACUAGGAGAACCUCGUCAGGAGUCUCGGCGGCACUCCCAAGAACCAGCAAAUCAGCCUUCCUCCCCGGGUGCAGAGGACAUCGGCACGCCUUUCAGCACGUGGCUACCAUCAGCUCCAGCUGACGAUGAGGUCCAUUUGCGAUCGAAUGCGCAGGAUGGCGAAAAGAGAACGAGGAACGGGACGUACAAUGUAACGGAUGAGCACCGAAACUUCCUGGUAUCCCUACUUGAGAGCUUUGCUCCUCCCAUCGCCGACUUCCAGAUUCCUUCCCGACAUACCCUUACCAGGUAUAUUACCGCGUUCUUUGGCGGUUUUCAUUCGCACUUCCCGUUCAUACAUGCGCCAACUUACAAACCGUCAUGUUCGCCUCUGGAGUUGACUCUGGCCAUGUGUGCAGCUGGUGCACAGUAUUGCUUCGAGCGGAGAAGCUCAGAACGUCUCUUUCGCGUAUCGAAAGCCAUUGUCUUCGAACGCCUACGACAGGAAGAGUCGCAUUUCGGGCCACAAACUCUUUCCUUCAUCGCUUCUACGAACAUAUGCUCGCCAGAAGCGCAUUUCAUUAGCAGACGCACAGGACCAUGGUCGCCUUUGGACAUGGCGAAGACCCUACUGAUCCUGGUAGGGUUUGCGACAUGGGAAAGGAAAGACCUACUUCAGCAAGCGUUCGCACUUCGAGGCCUUCUAGUGCAGUCGCUUCGAGAUAUAGGUCUCAAAGAAGAGGAACCGCCCAGGAAUAUAUCGACCUCUAGAGCAGCAAUGUGGGAUAAUUGGGUACAGCGCGAGUCAUCCAGACGUACAAAGCUCGUGGCCUUUUGUUACAUCAACGUGCAUAGUAUUGCAUACAACAUCCAUCCCCUGCUUUGGAGCAGCGAACUUCAUCUGCGACUCCCUUGCUGUACACCGGAUUGGCAGGCUAGUAGUGCCGCACAGUGGGCUGCGCUACAACGCGACGGACGCGAGGAUCACAUGCCCUUUCAGCAAGCGUUGUCGAUACUUUUGCAAGGAACGACAAAUGAAGAACUAGUCCAUCCAAUUCCGAGCCCAAUCGGCAACUACAUCCUUCUCCAUGCACUGCUUCAGCGGAUUCAUGUAGUCAGGGAGCUGUCCUUCCCCGCCACAUCACCUGCAACAAUCUCAGCUGCAGAGCUGCAAGUCAUUGGCCGCGCACUCCGCGCAUGGACGUCCCUCUGGCAGCAAACCCCAGAAUCAAUGCUCGACCCCAACAAUGAAAGUGGGCCCAUCCCUUUCACAUCAAGCGCUCUGUUGGUGGUAGCUUACGUGCGGCUCUCCCUCGACAUAGGACCUUACCGUCAUCUAGAGUCGCGCGACACCGACGUCAUAGCCAACGGCCUAGCAAACCUCCCAGACAUUGAGCGCAACGACAACAUACUAUCAGCCCUCUUGUACUCAACCCAUGCGCUCAGUAUACCCGUCAGACUAGGUAUCGACAGGGUUGCGCGCAGCCAAGCGUUCUUUUGGAGCGUUCAGCAUGCCAUAUCGAGCUUCGAGUGCGCCAUCUUCCUCGGUAAAUGGCUGUGCUCUAUUCCUCGUCCAUUCCGCGAAGAGUCCCUGUCGCGAUCUGAGCAUCGAAUCCUUCACUGGGUGAGAUGUAUCAUCAAGGAAGCGUAUGCGGUGAUUGACUUUGAGGAUGCUGAAGAGACUGAUGGUUUCUUGACUGUACCCAGCGAGCCCUUCGCGCUUGGUCUGGCCGUGUUGAACAUUUGGUCGAGGUUCUUUCGCGGUAAUACGCAGUGGCAGUUUGUUGUGAAUCUCGGGUUGAGCUUAGAGAAAUACAUCGCCAAGCUGGCUUGA